AUGUCGAAAGAAACAGCGUCUAUGAGAGAAAUACAACACAACCGACAACUCAUUUUGCAAGCUCUAAAUAAGAACACAACAAACUUUUCAAACUAUUCUAAGAUAUCUGAGUCAUUGAAAGAAGGAAACUUAAAACUGACGAUAAACCCAUUGACAGACGAGUUUCUGUUUCAAGACAGUAAGAACCAUACUGUUUGUAUAAAUCCAACAAAAAGAACUUUAAACGAGAAACCUAUAGAUGAACUUCUUUUGAAAGCAGAUGUUGACAACAAAGCUGACAAAGAGUAUGUCAUUGAAAAAGUUCAAGAAGAACAUGACAGAGCAGAUGCAACAUAUGCAACAAAAGAACAUACUCAUCCUGAACUAGCGGACAAAACAUAUGUUGACAAUAAAAUGUCAAGUGAAGUGACAAGAGCUGAAAACGAAUAUUCUAAAAAGACUCAUACACAUACCAUUGCAAAUAUUACAAACUUACAAGAAACCUUAAACAGGAAAAGUGACGUUGGACAUACACAUACUAUAUCUGAAAUAACAGACUUAAACGUUAGCCUUGAAAAGAAAGCUGACAAAGAGUAUGUAGAUGCAACAAAAGACUAUAUUUUCGCAUGGACAGAUAGAGCAUACCCACAAAAACACCAUACACAUAACAUCUAUGACGUAGAUGAACUUCAAGAAAAGUUAGAUGACAAGGCGGAUAAAACAUAUGUUGACAAUAAAAUGUCAAGUGAA